AUGUCUUCAAUAAUACAGCCAAAACAUCUCGAUAGAAUUUCUUGUAAAUUUAAUCAUGAAUCUCCUAUUAAAUUUUUUGUUUUAGAUGUUACUAAGGAAAGUAAAGCUACUUUCUUUUGUGAAAAAUGCUUAACUAUAGGGGUUUUACCUUUAAAUGCAAAAUCUUUGGAUGAGGUAAAUGGAUAAAUAAUUUAACAAAAAUAAUUAUCACUUGAAUUAGGAAAAAUGUUAAUUUUGAAAUAAGUUAAAGAAAUUGAACAUUUAGGAUAAGAACUUGAUUUAAUCAAAACAUUCAUUAUAAAACAGUUAGAUUCAUCUAUAUAAAAUAAAAAAAUGUGGUAAUCCUAAUUAGAGGCUUUCUAUAAGCAAGAAGAGUAAUUCAAUAUUGAAUUAGAAUUGAAAUAAUUAAAUUUAAAUCAGGAAGAAUAUAAAUUAAAAGAAAAUAUCAGGCUAAAAGAAAAUAUUCUUAAAUUCAAUUAAUCUUUUUAUGAAAAAAUACGCAAUAAUUUAUAUCUAUUUCUCGAUUUAAAUAAAUUUUAGACAUGUAAAAAAAUACUUGAUUAAAGUAUUAAUAAAACUGAAUUAAAUAGCCUACUUAAAAAUCAAGAAGAAAUUAAAUAAUAAAAAAAAAUUAUUAUUUCAAAGUUUCCAAACUAAUACUUUCUAAGAGGAAAUUUUGAUAAUAUAAAAGAAAAUAUUAUAUAUCAUUUUUUCAAUUGGAGAACUUAUCGUUAAAAUAGUGUAGAAAUUGUAGAAUUUUAUGAGGAUUUAAGUGAGAAUUAGGAGUUUCUUUCUCAUUUAUUUCCAAAUUUUUAUCAAAGCCAAUAUCAUCAGAAUAGUAUUAGAUUAACUCCAUAAGAACGAAAUCAAAUGAUAAAAGAUGAAUAAGUAAUAAUAAUCAUACAGUUUUAGGCUAUCAAAUAAUUAAUUGAAAAUUUCUAAAUGUAUUUGUGUUAUUCAGGACUUUAAUUUUAAGGAAACAAAAUAGUGAUUUAAAAUAAGUAGCAACUUUUAAAAUUUCAAUAGAAAAAUAUUGAAGGUUUGCGAAGAGUAAUAUCUUCUUUGAGUGUUUUGAGUUAACGUUAAAAUGCAUUAUUACUUGUGAAAUUUAUAAAGGAAGUUGAUUUCUUUUAUAAUGAAAUGUUUAUCAAUUAUGAUUUAUUGUAAGAGGAAGGCAAUUAAGAUAAAUAAGCGUUGAAAUUUGAAGAAGUAAAAAGAUAUUUUGUACAAUCAGAUAUUUAGGAUAAAUAAUGGGUAACAUAUAAGAUUUUAACAAACCAGGCUUUGGAUUUGUGA